AUCUCGCCUUCGGUGGUGCGUCUGGGGCUCAUUUCCGAUACAGCGGGCAUCCCAGACGCAGAGCCGACGGGGCGAACAACAUGGCUAGUUUUCGGGAAGGGCUCUGCGCCCUGUUCCUCGAGGCGUUCGUCUUCAUUUGGUGCAACGCGGUUCGGCUGUUGUUUUGGUUUCGCUACCUCUGGACGAAGCCCCACAGGGCGCCCCCCGUGAAGAACGAGCUGCUCCUGAGAUCCGCCAUCCGCCUGGCAGCUGAAAUCAGAGAAGGCAAGGUCAAGAGCUCCGACGUAGUGCGGGCGUACAUCAACCGCAUACAGGAAGUGCAGCCUCUCCUGAACGCGGUGAUCGAAGACGCCUACGAAGACGCCCUGCGCAAGGCCGAGGAGGUCGACAGACUCGUGGCCUCCGGAAGCCGCACCGUGCAGCAGAUGGAGCAGGAAGAGCCGCUCCUGGGAGUGCCCAUCACCACCAAGAAUUGCGUUGCCGUCAAAGGCAUGCGGUACGACGUCGGCUCUGCUUUCAGCAAGGGACGCCGAGCCAACCAGGAUGCAGUCGUGGUUUCCAGACUUCGUGCUGCUGGAGCAAUUCUGGUGGCGAUGACCAACGUUCCGGAGCAGCUGCUCUGGUGCGAAUGCGAGAACACGCUUGACGGAGCCACUCGUAACCCGUACGAUACGCGUCGCGUGCCCGGAGGAAGCAGCGGUGGCGAAGGCAGCCUUAUAGCCGCUGCGGGAUCCGUCAUAGGAAUCGGCACAGACAUCGCUGGAAGUAUACGGCUCCCCUGUGCUUACUGCGGAAUCUUCGGGCACAAGCCAACGGCAGGUAUUGUUCCUCUUGACGGACUACUUCCCGACGUUGGCACGAUGGGGAAAUACAACACCGCUGGGCCGAUGUGUCGCUACGCUGAAGACAUGCCACUUAUGCUGAGCGUCAUGGCUGGACCGAGAGCUCCAGAGCUGCGCCUGGACAGCCAGGUUCUACUGCGCAAUCUCAAAGUUUUCUAUAUGGAGGAUGAGGGUAGUGUCCUGCUGAGUAAAGUGAAAUGCGAAGCUCGCAAGGCUGUCAGAGACGUGAUCGACUUCAUUCGCAACACACACGGGGUUGAACCAAGCCGCCUGGAUGCGCCGGAGAUCCGCUACAGCAUCCCGCAGUGGCUGCUGGCCUACAACGAGUCCAAGUCGCGCCCUCUGCACGAAGUCUUCCGACCGGGCUCCACUGGUAUCAGCUUCACUGCCGAGCUCCUUCGUUUGCUGACGGGCACUUGCCCCAACACGGCGGCCGCCAUGUUGCUUUGCUGGGCCGGCACGCUUUCGCGGUUCAGCUCGGAAAGCGCGCUCGCCGUUUUCCGCGGAACGCUGGACUUGCUGCGAGACCGCUUGGAAGCCCUGCUCGGAGACGACGGUGUGUUCAUCUUGCCCGCGACUUCGGCGCCCGCUGCGUACCACCACCAGGACCUGUUCUUUCCCGAUGGCUUCAACUUCUUGUCCGUCUUCAACGUUCUCGAAGUUCCUGUCAGCGCCUGCCCUGUUCUUCGGACGUCCGACGGCCUACCCAUGGCCGUCCAAGUGGUGGCCCGCAGAGGAAACGACCGCCUCUGCUUGGCUGUUGCCAAAGAAAUUGAAAGGCAGUUUGGCGGCUGGGUAGAACCCGCUAAGGCGAAGCAGCGAGUGCGUGGGUAGAAGGUCCGUUAUUUAAUCUAGUCUGGAGGCGUUGCCCCCUAAUUACAUUUUGUUUUUCACACUGUACUACGAGUGUUAGCUGUCAGGAUAUCUGAAACGUAUGAAUGCUUGCGGUGGUUAGCGUGUUUCUCUAACGCCUUUGAUUUGUAGCGCUUCUCUCAGCAUGUUCAAAGCGCAUGUAGCUUUUAAUGCCCCAACAAUGCUAGGUUGUUUGCUAUACGGUCCUUUGGAACAUAAUUUACACAAUCACUGCAUUGUAGGUACCGUGCCGCGCAACGCUUAGGUGAAAUUUCUUAGUACAUUUGUCAUAAUUACCUUGCUCUGCACAAGGAAGCAUAUGAAGUAUAUCGCGAUUGCGUUAAAGCCACCUAAAAAACCUUCUAUGUAAUUUUUUUCAGUGAAUGCCGGUUUUCGUGGCUUUUAGCUGACAAGGCACUGUUCAUAAUACUGCUAAUAGGUCCCUCUAAUAAUGGCAUCUAUUCUCUUUAAGUAAUAUGAUUUAAAUAAUGUGCUAACUAUGAUUAAAAUGAAGCGUGGUGAUCAUCCACGCGUCAUGGUGACUUAGCAUUGAAAGCUAACAUGUGUGUGCAGUAUCAAUGUGAACAUUUAUAUUUGUGAUUGUGUACAAUAAACUCACACUCCGAGUUUUUGAUAUGUGCAGACGCUUAAAACAGAUUCAUUUUGAA